GCUACAGUCAGAUAACUUAUCGCCUUCCUUAACUUCAUCAACUAACUUCCUUCUCUCAGACCACAGAGACCAGACGUGCAACAACGAGCGAGAGGAUGCGAAGCAUCACGCUCUCCUCCGAGAGCGUCCUCAAGUCACACUCACUGCCUCCAUCUCCCAACCCUCCGAACCUCGCGACCUGUUACCUCUUCUCCCUCCGUUCUCGCUUCAAGAAUCAAGCUUUCAGUCGCCCUUCUCGCGACCCAGUGCCCAUUUUCUGCAGGAAAUGCAAAGCUGGGAAGAAAUGUGGAAAGCUUUUGAAAUGGACUGAUGGGCAUGCCUUUUGUAGGUACAGGAGAGGGUGGACCGUGAAAAAUUGCAAAGAUCGGUCUGGUCACUUUCGGCUUAGCACUUCUGAGAACUGUGAUGACUUUACCACAGGGUACAUCAGUGUUGAGAAUAACAAUGCAUCAGAAGAGUCAUUGCCAGUGGACAAUUCUUGUGUUUUGCCUAUAUAUUCAGCAAUGAGUAACUCGAACAGACAAGAUCUUACAGCUAGAGAGAUUCUGUUGAGUAGUGCAUCAUUUGGUAAUUUGGGAAAGUUUAUGUUCAUCUUCGGAUGGCUCACGCUUCAAGGCUCUCAACCAGCUAUUGCCGGAGACAUUGCCAGUGGUUUGCAGUCACUCCCUUACUUUCAGGACCUUGGUGAUAUUAGCACAGGUUUUGCCUCAGCAUUCUUGCUCAUCUUUUUCUCAGAGCUGGGAGAUAAAACCUUCUUUAUUGCGGCUCUUUUAGCAGCUAGGAACUCUGCAGGCGUCGUCUUCACUGGGACAUUCGGUGCACUUGCGAUAAUGACUAUUAUAUCUGUUGUUCUUGGAAGAACCUUUCACUAUGUUGAUGAAAUCCUUCCAUUCAGGUUUGGGGAGAAUGAUUUACCUGUUGAUGACAUUGCUGCAGUUUGUCUCUUUGUCUAUUUUGGCGUUUCCACACUUAUGGAUGCCUCCUCUGGUGAAGGUCUUAAGGCAGACGAUGAGCAGAAAGAGGCUGAAUUAGCAGUUUCGAAAUUUUCAGGAAAUGGCGCUGGGAUAAUAGCAGCUGCUAGUACUGUUGUUAGUACUUUUGUUUUAGUUUUUGUUGCUGAAUGGGGCGACAAGUCGUUUUUCUCCACAAUAGCCCUUGCUGCAGCAUCUUCGCCUCUUGGAGUCGUCGGGGGAGCUUUGGCUGGACAUGGUGUGGCAACUUUGAUCGCUGUACUCGGAGGUUCGUUGCUGGGAACAUUCUUGUCUGAGAAGGCCAUCGCCUACAUCGGAGGUAGUCUUUUCCUGGUCUUCGCCGCCGUGACAUUGUUCGAGAUCGUGAAUUAGAGAUUCCCCGCACGUUCCACACGAGCAAAAUCAGCGAACGGUCAUCGGUUCAAGGAAGCCAUCGGGAAACAUCCUCGCAUGGCAAUCGGUAGGGCAAAUUGCUCAGUGAAAGAAUCAACUACCAUUUCUUUGUUGGACAUCACUUUCUGUUGGGACAAGGAUUUUCAUCAUUCUUUUGUUAGUAUAGUUUCAACAUGAUAGAGUGGUCUUUCAGGAUUGGUCGUUGUGGCGCAAUAUUCACGUCGAAAUUCAAGUACUUGUCUUUGCUGCGACUAA